UCUAAUAAUGAUGGAGAGCAUGGAAAAAAAGCAAGUUCAUCAAGUCACCCACAAGUUAGAAGGACAUUUGACUCUCUUUCUAAUGAUGAUGGAGUGCAUGGAAAAAAAGUAAGUUCAUCAAGCCACUCACAAGUUAGAAGGACAUUUGACUCCCUUUCUAAUAAUGAUGGAGUGCAUGGAAAAAAAAGCAAGUUCAUCAAGCCACUCACAAGUUAGAAGGACAUUUGACUCCCUUUCUAAUAAUGAUGGAGUGCAUGGAAAAAAAGUAAGUUCAUCAAGUCACUCACAACUUAGAAGGCAAUUUGACUCCCUUUCUAAUGAUGAUGAAGUGGAUGAAGAAGAAUUCGAAUCCGAUUUUGUUGCACCGAAAAAAAAAGUGAGAGGACCUACGCGCAAUCUUGAGUUAGCAAAGUUACCAGCUGGAAAAAGACUUGACAUAAACUGGAGAAUGAAUAGGCCAGUUGGUCCAAAUGCAAAGCUGUUCAAAUCAAGAUGCACUGUUCUAGUUCGUGAUGUGAAGAAUGCACCACUAAAGGUUAAAGAAUGGGCUGAUAUCAAAAUAGAGAACAAAAUAAAGAUGUUUGACCUAGUUUUGACAUACUUUAAAGUUGAAGGUCGAAAGCAUUUAGUAUGGGCUCAAAUGAAUUCUUCUUAUCGGAGUUAUCGACAUCUAUUAAAGAAAAGGUAUUUUGAACCUUAUGAUAACCCUGAAAUUGCUCGAGCCAAUAUACCAUUGGAAAUGGAAAAAGAGGAUUGGGAUUACCUUGUGAAUCUUUGGAUUGAUGAAGGCUGGCAAGUUUGUACUUCAUAUGACAUAAUAAUUGUUAAUUGA